UUAGAGGAGCUGAACCCGAGAGAUGCGCACUUAAUUAACUUCAUCUCUUUCCUUUUUGCCGUCCUCAAAGCCCCUCUGUCCUCCGUCACAAUUCCCCUCCAGAGCGGCUCCGCGGGUUUUCUGUCAUCCGUUCGUCCCCGAAGCGCGCGGAGGAAGUGGCCGGUGGUCUUCCUGGUGAGCGCCGUCGCGAUGGUCCUGCUGGCUCUGGCCGUCGCCGUCCCGUUGCUGCUGCUCCGCACCUCUGAGACCUCCGCUCAUUACUAUGAGAUGAUGGGCACCUGUCGGAUGGUGUGCGACCCGUACACCCCGAAACCGGGAAGCGCCACCGCCAUGGAGGUGAUCCAGAAUGUGAAUGGGGUAGCUCCGCAUCCGCCGAUGGCGCAGGGGAGCCGCGGGGAGCCAGGGCGACCGGGUAAACCGGGAUCAAGGGGCCCACCGGGAGAACCAGGACCCCCAGGUCCGAGGGGACCACCGGGAGAGCGCGGCGACAGUAGACUCGCCUUCCCGGCAAUAACCGGACUUGGUGGGGGUGAGAACGCUGAACCGGACGGUGUGAACUCCACGGGCAACAGUUACAGGAUCGCUUUUUACGUGGGUCUGAAGAACCCGCAUGAGGGAUAUGAGGUGUUAAAGUUUGACGACGUGAUUACAAACUUGGGGAACCACUACGACGCGAGCACCGGGAAGUUCACCUGCCAUGUGUCCGGGAUCUAUUUCUUCACCUACCAUGUGUUGAUGCGGGGAGGAGACGGCACCAGCAUGUGGGCCGACCUGUGCAAAAACGGACAGGUACGAGCCAGUGCCAUAGCUCAAGACGCAGACCAGAACUACGACUACGCCAGCAACAGCGCCGUGCUGCACUUAGACUCUGGAGACGAGAUCUAUGUCAAACUGGACGGCGGCAAAGCUCACGGAGGCAACAACAACAAGUACAGCACCUUCUCCGGCUUCAUCUUAUACCCCGAUUAAACCACACGGCAGCAGCUCCAUGGACAGUGAUCACAGCUGAAAACUGUUUCCAUUAAAGUGUACGGUCCAAUAUGUUUCUCCUCUUUUGAAGAUAGGUGCCACAACACACAGGCUUAUCUGUAUGUUCUAUUCGUUUAGUGAGGGACCCUUUGUGUGUUUGGUUUCACUUAAGUUCAGAUGCUCUACUGUCAUCAGAGUAUCUUACAACUGCAGACCUACAAUAACACCCCAUGUAUGCUCUGAGCUGAGAAAGUCGUGCUUCCUAAGUUUACUAAAUUGCUUUGGGGAAAUGAGCUCCAGUAAAGGUCUUACUGGCUGCUCACUGUGUGUGUGUUAACAGUAUCUAAUAUUUCAGACUGACAUGAUGAAAGAAAUCCAUUAAAAUCGAGAGAUAAACUUAAAGUCAGAGCAGCUGUUUUCAGAGUACACCUUGGCCAGCAGUGUUUGGACCUAAGGCCCGGUCACACCAGUUCAUUUCAAUGGAAUCACCAUGAUGAGUUGAUUCUCUUGUGGGGAAAAUACAAAUAUUUUAAAGAUAUUUUAACCUUUGUGAACUAUGACUCAGUGGAAAUCUCAGAGUUCACGAGUUGUGACGUGUUUGCUGACAUUUUCAGAAAUAGCAGAGGUCAUGAAAGUCCAUUUUUCAGUGGAUGGUUAGAUAAUAUAUUGUAACGUUAGUCAUAUAUUGUUUUUCUUUGUAAUUUUAUAUGUCUGAGGAAAAUGUUGGCAUUCUCAGCGGCCGCAUCUUUUUCCUAUUUCAUUAUGUCUCGGCAUUUCCUGCUUGAUGUUACUUGCUUGCUAGUUUGCUAAACCUCGGUGGCUUCUAGAUGCCAUUGCCUUCCCAUGUUGUAACCAUGAGCUCACAAGUUCUAUUUGAAGGCAGCAAGAGAGCUAAAGAGUCCAACAUGGAGGACGCUACGGUAGCUUAGCUGUGUUGCACCGUCCACCUAUACUAUGCUCUAUGGACCCACCCAAUCAGAAGACAGUCAAACUCUUUUGGCUUUAUGUGCAACUGAGCAACUUUCAUCGGAGUGAACAGGGCAUCUCCAGUUCUAUUUAUACAUCCACGAGUUGUGCAGAUCAAACACUCUCUGGUGUGACCAGGCCUUUAUUUGGUAACUAAACUACCGACAUUCUGAGCCACAUGAUUUUAAAAAAGCCCGAUCUCCAGUUAUAUUUCUUUCUUUUCUUUUUUGCUCCAAAGCAGAACGAGCAACAACUCAAACAGACAUACUGUAGCCAAUGUCUUUCUCCCCAUGAUUCACCUGCCACACACCUGAACUGGAUAAGCCAGGCCUGUUUCAGAUGAUAUGAUCAGUUGGUGCGAUGACGUCAGUGGAACACAUUAGAUAAGAUGCAAACAAUCUAGGCCAUCUUGAUUGCUAUAGCUAUAGCAAAACCGUGGUGCUUUGAGUCGUGUUCAGUGUUUCACUCAAUAACCCAAUAGCCGCACAUGAGAGACACAAACGGAAG